AUGCAAAACUCCCGAACUGCCCACGCCAAGGUGCCCGAAGAACGAUGGCAUGCGGAUGCCUGGUACCAUCCCGAUCCGGACCGUAAAGGCUCUUUGAAUACCACACACGGCUUCUUUCUAGAACAAGAUGUAGCGGCGUUUGAUGCGCCGUUCUUCUCAGUCACUGCGAAAGAGGCUGCAGGCAUGGAUCCCGCCAAAAGACUUGUACUAGAAGUUUCAUAUGAAGCGUUUGAAAAUGCCGGUCUGCCAAUGGAUAAGGUCGCGGGCACUAAAACAGGCGUCUACGUUGGUAGCAUGACGAGCGAUUACGAACUAUUAUCCACUCGCGAGAUCUAUGAUGAGCCACACAUGGCGGCAGCUGGGAGCAGUGAAGCCAUGACAGCAAACAGAGUUUCUUGGUUCUUUGACCUUCGAGGGCCGAGUCUGACCUUGGAUACGGCAUGUUCAUCAAGUCUCUACGCGCUGCACUUGGCUUGCCAGUCUCUUCGGCUUGGAGAAACAAACAUGGCUCUGGUUGCCGGUGUUAGCGUGGUACUUCACCCCAACUUCAUGCAACAAUUAGUGGCAAUGCACAUGCUCAGCCCCGACGACAUAUCUCAUACAUUCGAUGAUAGAGCCAACGGUUACGGCCGUGGUGAAGGCCUCGGUGGUCUUGUAAUUAAACGACUUGGCGAUGCUAUUAGAGACGGAGACACCAUUCGAGCAGUCAUUCGGGGUUCUGGGACAAAUGUGGACGGCAAGACACCCAGUGUCACAAUGCCUAGUCCAGAGGCACAAGCAGAUCUGAUUCGUGACGUGUAUAGAAAAGCUGGUCUUCCUCUGGAUCAAACCCAGUAUAUUGAGUUACACGGCACCGGGACUCCCGUUGGGGAUCCUAUAGAGCUUUCCGCAAUUGCUGCUACAUUUGGCGCCUGCAGAAGCCACGGGAAUCCAGUUCAUGUAGGCAGCAUCAAACCGAAUGUUGGCCACACCGAAGGCUGUGCAGGUCUUGCUGGUGUGUUCAAGGCAAUCAUGUGUCUUGAGAAAGGUGUCCUCCUGCCGACUGCAGAAGUUGGGAAAAUUAACCCCAAGCUGAGAUUCGCUGAUUGGAAUAUCGUAUUACCGGCGCAAACUAUGGCAUGGCCGACACAUGGACCCCGUCGGGUGAGCGUAAACUCGUUUGGUUUUGGCGGUGCUAACGCGCAUAUCAUUCUCGACGAUGCUCAUCACUACAUGAAAGCUAAAGGCCUGAAUGGGGAGCACUCAACGCUGCAUAACACAAAGUAUCUCGAAUCGAAUCCUGCCAGCAAGAGCGACAUCACAAACAGUCCUACAGACAAAAUUAUGAAUGGUGAUGAAAACGGCAUCGACGUGACAAAGAAGCCGAAGAAGAAGAAGAAGAAGAAGCUCUUUAUCAUGAGCUCACGCGACGAGCCCGGAAUCCAGCGACUGGGCAAAUCGCUUGGAUCGUACUGGAAAUCUGACAAAGCCAUCAACGACGUUACGAAUGCAGCAACAUACCUUUCAGAUGUAGCAUAUACGCUUGCAACUCGACGGUCUUUAUUUGAUUAUAGAUCUUUCGUAGUUGCUGAAUCAACGGAAGAGCUUGUGCAAGGUUUGGAGGGACCAUUGCCCCGGUUCAAGCGCUCAACCAAGCAGAAUCGAGUCGCGUUCGUAUUCACUGGACAAGGUGCUCAGUGGGCGGGCAUGGGACGACAGUUGAUCGAAUUUCCCACUUUUGCGGCGAGCGUCGCGAGAAGCAAAGCUUGUCUGGAGUCAUUGCGCUGCCCCUUCGAUGUGGAAACUGAGAUACAACAGACAGAGGGAAGCAAGAUUGAGAGCUCAGAAUACAGUCAGCCGAUAUGCACCGUCGUUCAAAUCGCCUUGGUCGAUUUGCUCCGCGAGUGGGAUAUUAGACCGAAGGCCGUCGUUGGACAUUCGAGCGCUGCUGCAUAUGCAGCCGAAAUACUGUCUCACGAGGACGCUGUCAAGGUCGCUUUUAUCCGAGGCGUCUACUCAGGCAUGGUCUCUCGAGGUCCCAAAGCCGGCGCCAUGUUGGCGGCUGGCAUAUCGGAGGAAGAAGCCGAAGCAUACUUGGCUACCAUGCCCUCUGAAACUGUUGUUACGGCUUGUGUCAAUAGCCCGAAGAGCGUUACGCUCUCGGGAGACGCCGAAUUUGUUGAUAUUCUUGAGCAGAGCAUCGCCAAAGAUGGUAAUUUCGCACGAAAGCUUCGCGUUGUGCCGGCAUACCACUCUCCUCAUAUGCGAAUGGUUGCAGAUGAUUGUCUGCGCGCCAUGGUUGAGGCUGGUGUUGGAGGCGCGAACCAGGAAGCAAAGAUUCCCAUGUUCUAUUCAUUGAUCCCAUUGAGGUUGGCAAGUCGUAUUGGAUCAGAAACAUGUGCGGCACAGUACGAUUUUCGGAAGCCGUCUCCAGUCAACCUUCUCGUUGGGUCGUCAGGGCGCCGUGCUGGACGCAAAGCAACCGUAAAGUGGGAUGCACUCCUUGAAGUUGGGCCUCACGCUGCUUUAAAGGCCCCGUUGGUGCAGAUAAUGGAAAGCAUCGACGCAAAGCUGCCUUCAGAGCUUCUUUAUACUUCUUUGCUGGUUCGAAAAGAAGAUGCUGUCACGACUGCUCUCAAGGCAGUGGGAAGCCUGUGGGCCACUGGCAUUCCAAUUUUGCUUGCCAAGGUCAAUCGGGAACAAGACUUGGUGGAAUCUCCUCAAGUUGUGGUUGAUCUGCCAUCUUAUGCUUGGAAUCAUGAAAGAGUGUACUGGCACGAGACACCAGCAACGAAGGUCUCGCCAAGUACAACCCACGCCGCCUUUGUCAGGCACAGCGCUUGA